GGAUGAAAAUGAAUAGAAGAAGAAUUAUUUUUUUCUGCUAGUGAUUGAGUGAUUAAUGUUGCAAUUUAUAUACUUCAAAGUGCAGCAUUACUAUUCGUGAAUUUAAUACAACAUUUUUAGGAAGUAAUUCCACUUUCUUUUAAAAGAUUGAGAGCGGAUAUUUUACUUAAGCGAAAUUGUGAAAAAGAAGCGACCCACAUCGAUUCUUUCUAAAGUUCAUAAUCGCUGUUUUGGGUGGAGUGGCGUGAAGAGCUAAAAAAAAAUUUGCAAAUUUGGAAUUUUGCACAAUAAAGUGUGUUAAUGAACAUUUUGUUGUACUAAAAAAAAUUAAAUUAAAUUGAAUACCACAUAACAAAAAUAUGGAGGCUCUUAUACCUGUCAUCAAUAAACUACAAGAUGUGUUCAACACGGUGGGCUCAGAUUCCAUUCAACUGCCACAAAUUGUGGUGUUGGGCAGUCAGAGCUCAGGCAAGAGUUCCGUACUCGAAAGUUUAGUUGGCCGUUCCUUUUUACCUCGAGGAACUGGCAUUGUUACCAGACGUCCGUUAGUCUUACAGUUGUUGCACUGUCCAUUGGAUGAUCGUGAACAUCGUUCGGCAGAAAAUGGUACCAUCAAUGUGGAAGAAUGGGGCCGAUUUCUACAUACCAAAAAAACAUUUACCGAUUUCAAUCAUAUACGCCAAGAAAUCGAAGAAGAAACAGACCGUAUAGCUGGUAGCAAUAAAGGCAUUUGCCCGGAACCGAUUAACUUAAAGAUAUUCUCUACCAGAGUUGUGAACCUAACGUUGGUUGAUUUGCCCGGCAUCACCAAAGUUCCAGUGGGCGAUCAACCUGAAGAUAUCGAACAACAAAUCAAAGACUUAGUAUUGAAAUAUAUUGAAAACCCGAAUUCUAUUAUAUUAGCCGUGACGGCGGCAAAUACCGAUAUGGCCACCAGUGAGGCAUUAAAAUUGGCCAAAGAUGUCGAUCCAGAUGGACGGCGAACAUUGGCUGUGGUCACUAAACUCGAUCUCAUGGAUGCCGGAACAGACGCUAUAGAUAUACUAUGUGGGCGAGUCAUCCCGGUAAAAUUGGGUAUUAUCGGCGUGAUCAAUCGUUCUCAACAAGAUAUUAAAGACAACAAAGAUAUUGAAGACCAACUGAAAGAUGAAGCUGCAUUUUUACAACGAAAAUACCCUACACUGGCCACUCGCAAUGGUACACCAUAUUUGGCAAAAACUCUCAAUAGGCUUUUAAUGCAUCACAUCCGUGACUGUUUGCCCGACCUGAAGACUCGGGUCAAUGUAAUGUCUUCACAGUUUCAAUCUCUCUUACAUUCGUACGGUGAAGAUGUGUCCGAUAAAAGUCAAACCUUAUUGCAAAUUAUUACCAAGUUUGCUAGUGCCUACUGUACGACAAUUGAUGGUACUGCACGCAACAUUGAGACAACUGAAUUGUGUGGUGGUGCUCGCAUUUGUUAUAUAUUCCACGAGACUUUUGGACGCACACUCGAUUCCAUUCAUCCCUUAGCUGGUCUAAGCAAAAUGGAUAUACUUACUGCUAUAAGAAAUGCUACAGGACCACGGCCAGCGCUCUUUGUACCGGAAGUGUCUUUCGAAUUGCUUGUGAAAAGACAAAUUCGCCGAUUAGAGGAGCCUUCGUUGCGCUGCGUUGAGUUAAUACACGAAGAAAUGCAACGGAUUGUUCAACACUGCGGCAACGAGGUGCAACAGGAAAUGCUGAGAUUCCCAAAACUUCAUGAGAAAAUUGUUGAUGUUGUAACCCAACUACUGCGACGUCGUUUGCCAACGACGAAUGUUAUGGUGGAAAAUCUUGUAGCUAUUGAAUUGGCCUACAUCAAUACAAAGCAUCCUGAUUUUCAUAAGGAUGCAGCUUUGGUUCCCAGUCUACUGAAGACGGAUAACAUGGAACCAUAUGGACAACAGCCAACCAGACGUUCAAAUACUCCCAGAGGUACAACAUCAUCUCCACAGGUAAUGGCCGUGCAGAAUUUACAAAAGGAACAUCAACAAAAACAAAAUGAGCAACAAUAUCUCGACAUAGGCGAACAGAAUCAUAUCAAUGAAAACUCUACACAUCCCAAUAACUGGCUGUCGAAUAUUUUACCUCCAGCGCCCAACUCAAAUCGCAUUGAGAGCAUUGAAAACUCCACCAAUAAUACUCCACAGCAUAAUUCAUUGAUGAGUCCUGUAAAGCCUGUCAAUCUUUUGCCUGAUGUGCCAGCUCAUCAGAGUGCAAGACGCUUAACUGACAAAGAACAAAAAGAUUGUGAUGUUAUUGAGCGUUUAAUCAAGUCAUAUUUCUACAUUGUAAGAAAAUCGAUUCAAGAUUCGGUACCAAAGGCCAUUAUGCAUUUUCUAGUUAAUCAUGUUAAGGAUAAUUUACAAAGUGAAUUGGUAACACAUUUAUAUAAAUCGGAUGCCGUUGAUACAUUACUCAAUGAGUCAGAUCACAUAGCGAUACGUAGAAGAGAAGCUGCUGACAUGUUAAAGGCUUUGACUAAUGCAAAUCAUAUUAUUAGUGAAAUUCGCGAGACCCAUAUGUGGUAAAUGAUGCAAAAAACUAAUUAAGCAUAAGACAUUUACAUACACUCAAGCAACAAGAAACAGCAUUACUAUUCAUCGUCUCUUAGGAAUGAAAUUAUAUUGUACUAUUAACACUCUCUAAUCGUUCGCGUUGCAUGCAAGUUGACGCAAUGGUAGGAGUUAAUUGUGUCCUUGUUUAUAUACAUUUUUUUUUUUCAAAAUUGUGUCUGCAUUAGUAAAUAAUAAAAAAAAAAACAGUUGUUAAUGUUUCUCUUCGCUUUUCAGCCUAUCUUAUAUUUUCUCUAUUUUUUACCUUAUAUCUAAGUUAUAUUUAUUUAAAGAGCACACAAAAUAAUAUCUCAUAGCUCCUGAACAUUAAAAUGAACUUAUCAGUUUAAUUUAUGUAAUCAGUCGCAAAAAGAUUUCCUCUUUUAAAACAGUUUUUUUUUUAAGAAAAAAAAACUACAAUAUUCUUUUCGUUUAGUUUUUAUUGAUGAUUCUUUUGUCGCCACAAAUAGGGCGUUUGGCUAAAAUAAAAUGCGCUGCAAAUGUUAACGAA